GCAGGGCUGCAAAGCUGACGUUCACAAGACCUAUACUCUCUUUGCUAGGAUACAGCCAAAAGGACGAGCAGCCUUUGAAGACUAACAGUCUCUGCAAUUGCACAGGACAAGGGUGUGUGUGUGUGUGUGUGUGUGUGUGUGUGUGUGUGUGUGCGCGUGCGCGCGCUCUGGCAUCCAUUCAGAGGGAAGAUGGGACUUUGUUUAUGAAGAGACUUCUACACUUGUUGACAUCCUGAAGCUACUUUCAGCUAAAGAACUACUCAGCCUUCUCUUUUGCUGUCAGCCACAGGAAGCUUUGCACCUCAGUAUUUAUUCUGUCAUUUCUCAAUUGGAAGAGGAGACCGGGAACCCCUGUGGAAGGAACAUAAAAUCUGUGAAGUUUGAGCGAGCGGUCUUCCCAAGAUGUACCAAAUCUCUCAACUGAUGUCGACCCCAGUACCAAAUAAAUGUUCCUUCAGAUCAGAUAGAGAACAUGUUGGAGAGCCGUCUCCUGAGUGUGUGUUCUCAAGAUUUGCGUGCGACUCCCUGGAUGGCGACGGUUCCUUCGAAUGCUACUCCACAGAUCCCUUAACGGGCUGCUACCAUGCCUGCCGCAGGAGCCCCAGGCUCCUCACCAAUGGCUACUACAUCUGGACAGAGGACAGCUUCCUCUGUGACAGUGAUGGGAACAUCAGCCUGCACCCGUCUCACACCAGCGUCAUGUACAAGGAGAACUUAGUUAGAGUAUUCCGAAAGAAAAAGAGAAUCCGCCAUUCUCUUUCUUCUUUCUUCAACCCCAGAGCCUCUAAAUCCUGGCUGGCUGGAAGUAUCUUCAAUGAUAUGAAUUCUUCCGCAAGUGAGGAAAUCUGGCAGGAAAACGUCAGGAGACCAAGCACAUAUCAUCACCAUGAAAAUGGAGAUACUUUGGACUAUCCUCUGGCUGAUGAGUGGGAGUUGGAGAAGCUAGUUGCAGAGUCUGUGGAAGCCUCCUCCUCAAGCCACCUCGUAUCGCAGCCGCUCAGAGAAAUCUCCCAAGACACCCCUCUUCAGUCUCUUAGGAGAGCAUCUGAACACUUCCAAGAGAACAUUCUGGAUCAUUCAAAACCCAAUCUGUUUCGAGAAACUUCCUUCCAUGCAGUCCUGCUUACCUUGUGCUUCAUUAUUUCUGCCUGUGCAAGAUGGUUUCUAGGUGGAGUACUAGCCAAUGUCUUUAUAUGUGCAUCAAUGAUAACUACAGCUUAUAUUGUGCAAUCACUGCUUUUCAGCAUUGGCAGCUACUUCAAGGGCCCCACCUAUGCUCGCCUAGAUGUGCCAAAAUGUGAAACCCAUGAGGAUUGUUGUUGAUGAGUAUCUUCCACAAGAAGCUGCCCAUCUUGCGGUCUACUUGCAAUCAACUGCUUUAUUGGGAGGAAGAGAGCAAUUAGUUCAGAAAAAAAAAUUCUAAUUUGAGCAUGGAUUUAAAAAAAAAUCUCAUUUUCACCCAUCAUGGUAAUAUGGUCAUGAAAAUAAUAUUAAUUGGGCUUCCUUUUUUUUUUUUUUUACCAACUUUGAUAUUUGCAAAGGAAAGGACUGGGGAAUGUGACAGAAGACAGUAUGGGGAAAUGAAUGCUUCUCUAUGACUUUUCAAACAUGAGCUUUCAUUAGAGGAUUCAUUAGAGGAUUCAUGAGAUGCUUGAAAAACUGCAGAUUCUAGGAUCCGUUUGGGCGCACCUCUUCCUGACUGACCUACUUUAACCCAACAACGCAAAUGAGUUUGUGUAAUCAGUAUCAGCCUAAAGAUAAAUAAAAGCAGUUUGUACAUAAAA